AUGAAGUCGAACACGACUAACCACCGUUCAUUGUUUCUCGCAGAUGAAAGCCACGAUGAAUCGUCCGACGAGCAAGCGCAGGGCCGCCCUCGCACCGGCCAACGGACCAAACAUCCAAGGCGCAGCCUCGAUGACGUCAACAAAGCUGACGUCGCUGGGAAAACCGUCCCUGCACCGGCAGCUGGAGUGAAGUCCGUGGCUGGCGGUGGUCCCCUCGAUGCUGCUGCAAGUGGUCCCUUCCCUGCUGCUGCCGCUGCUGGUGGAUCUUCCCCUGCUGUCGCUGCAGCCGGGUCUUCCCCUGCUGCCGCUGCUGCCGGAUCUUCCCCUGCCGCAGCUGCUGCCGGACCUUCCCGUUCUGCUAUUCCUGACGGUGGUUCCCCUCCUGUUGAUGUGGCUCCCGAUGCUGUUGUUCCCGCCGGGACACCUGCUGCUGUUGAAGGAAACCCCAACCGCAGCCCAAUGGAGUUGCUUAUGACCCGGGCGACGGGGCGUGCGUAUGCAACUGAUGCCGCUCGCUUCGACGAGGAAGCGCGCGCCGAACCUGAUGUGAAUGAGGAGCUUCGAACUAAGGCAGAAGCUCAUAAGGCGAUCGCCGGAGUUUAUCAGAAAGAGAAUGGUCGCCUCGCCGAUGACCUGAAAAGCGCGCUGGUGCUUAUAACGCACCUUGCUAAGAAGACUACGCAAGUGGACCAGUCGACUCUCGACUGGAAGGUACGGGUUUGCAUUUCAUUGACCAUCGUAACCCAGUUUCAUUCGUCCUGA